AUGGCUGCUCUGCAGAAAUCUGUGAGCUCUUCCCUUCUGGGGGCUCUGGCCACCAGCUGCAUCCUGCUUCUUGGCCUGUCACUGCAGGGAGGAGAGGCCGUGCCUGUCAGUUCUCACUGCAGGCUCGAUAACUUCCAGGAGCCCUAUAUCACCAACUAUACCUUCAGGCUCGCUAAAGAGGCCAGCUUUGAAGACAACAACACAGAUGUCCGCCUCAUUGGGGAGAAACUGUUCCGAGGAGUUAAUGUGAGAAAUCACUGCUAUCUGAUGAAGCAGGUGCUCAACUUCACUCUUGAAGAAGUGUUGUUCCCCCAAUCAGACAGAUUCCAGCCCUACAUGCGGCAGGUGGUGCCCUUCCUGGCUGAGCUCAGCAACAAACUCAGCCUAUGUCACAUCAGAGGUGAUGACCGACAUCUCCAGAGGAACGUGCAACAGCUGAAGGACACAGUGAAAAAGCUUGGAGAGAGUGGAGAGAUCAAAGCAAUCAGCGAGGUGGAUUUGCUGUUCAUGGCCCUGAAAAAUUCCUGCGUCCGCUAG